UCGCGCCGCUUCCCUCCGCCCACCUGACUCGACACAGUUCCGGGUUCUUCCCAGCCGACAGCCGCUGCUCGAUCGCCCGGCGGGACCAUGUCUCUUUUACUAGACAUUCAGUUUGAAGAGCUUCCUCCGGACAAGUCGGUGGACACCAAGACGUUUCUGGACAACGUCUCGAAGCUGCCUUUGUUUUUUGACUGCUUGGGUUCAAAAGUGUUUACAGUCAUCAAAUCAGACAUUAAUGGCAACAUAACGAAAAUAAAAGCAGUUUACCACAAAGAUCCUGCAAAGUAUGUGACCCUGCAGGACAUUCUGGAGGCCGAGCGAGAAGCCUAUGAAGCAGAGUGGCCUAAAGUUGGAGCAACGUUGGCUCUGAUGUGGCUGAAGAGGGGUCUCCGAUUCAUCCAAGUGUUGCUGCAGAGUUUGGCUGAUGGAGAACGAGAUGAGAACAACCCCAACCUCAUCCGGGUCAACAUUACCAAAGCCUAUGAGCAGGCGCUGAAGAGAUACCAUGGCUGGGUUGUUCAGAAGGUUUUCAGUGCGGCGUUACUGGCGGCUCCCUACAGAUCAAACUUCCUCAAGUCUCUGUCAAAGGGAGAGGAAGUGAAAGAGGAGGACUGUCUGGCAAACGUGCGUCACUUCCUGGUGAACUACACCAUGGUAAUAGACGCCAUCUACGAGAUGUACACAAAUCUAAACGCUGAGCUGAACUACACAGUUUGAUGUUGACAGAGGAGCCUGGAGCAGUGGCACAGAUGUGACUCAUCUGUCAUCAGCCUCAGGUGGAACCUCAGCCUUAAAAGAUAUUUUUAAAAAGGGUUUUUGUCUCAUUUUCACUGAGAUAUUUAUUACUUUGAUUCGCAUUAUUCUUCAUGUACAAGUAGUCUUUAAUCCUGCUUACUGCCUUAAAUUUAAAGAAAUGAUAUCCAAAGGUGCUUUUUCCCUUGUAUUUACUUCAGAUUAAUAGGAUAUGAAAGGAACAAUGCUCACUGUUAGAAUUAUGGUAUUGUUAGAUUUUCUGCAUUAUUUAUCACAACUUUUAAAAUUCCAGUUGACUUGUCCCAUUAAUGUCCUUUCAGCGUCUUUACUUCUUUUUUUGUUUUUUUACUUCAGCACAUUUUAUUCCUAAUUUUAGCGCUUUGUGCCUUGGUUCAACUGAACAAAGGGUGGAUUAUAUCUCUAAAAUCACAAAUAUUCAGGUUUUCUUUUCAUCUUUUGCCUCAUUUUUGGUUUGGUGUGGUUAAACUGUUCCCUUGUUUAAAGUGUUGCCUGUUGUCAUUUAUUUAUAUGCCUUAUAGUGUCUGAGAGUAUUUAUGCUUUAGAACAAAAUAUAUAAAGUUGUUUGCUUAUUUUAAAAAUUGUAAUAAAUGAAGAUUUAUUUUCCGAAUGAGUACUUUAAGAAUAAAAUCAUGUCCAAUUAAAUCAAAGGAUCCAA